AUGGCUCUCUCUGCUCGCUACGGGCAGCAGGCAGCUUCUCUCCUGCGACAACGAUGUCUGGUCGAGUCUCGCUCGACCGUCCUGCGCUCGUUCUCGACUGCCAAUGCCUCGCGAUCAGCUAUCGCCAGUCUUCCGCUUAAACAGCAGCAUGCCACAUCCGUGCUGCGCUCGCAACAGCUGCGUCUGUUUUCGAGCUGUCUCCGCAGACUUGCGACGGACGCUCAGGCUGCGCCCUCGGCACAUUCGUACCUGGCCAGCGGAGCCAUCAAACGCUCUGCCGACCUGGUCGAUGUGAAAAAGGUGCUUGUUAUUGGUAGUGGAGGUCUCAGCAUUGGGCAAGCGGGAGAAUUUGACUACUCUGGCUCCCAAGCAUUAAAAGCUCUCAAGGAAGCCGGUGUCAAGUCCGUCCUGAUCAACCCCAACAUCGCCACCAUCCAGACCGACCACAAACUGGCCGACGAAGUGUACUACUUGCCCGUCACCGCCGAGUACGUGACACAUGUGAUUGAGCGCGAGCAGCCCGAUGGUAUCUUCUUGAGUUUCGGUGGUCAAACCGCCCUCAACUUGGGUGUGCAGAUGAACCGUAUGGGAAUUUUUGAACGGUAUGGAGUCCGCGUGCUGGGAACCAGUAUCAAAACGCUCGAGACUAGUGAGGAUCGUGACCUCUUUUCCAAGGCCUUGAACGAGAUCGACAUCCCCAUCGCCGAGUCAAUUGCUUGCAACACAGUUGACGAGGCUCUGGAUGCCGCCGAGAAAAUCGGCUACCCGAUUAUUGUUCGUUCUGCCUACGCUCUGGGUGGACUUGGGUCUGGCUUCGCUGGCAGCCGGGAAGAGCUGAAAAAUUUGUCCUCGCGAUCUCUCAGUCUUGCUCCUCAGAUUCUGGUCGAAAAGUCUCUCAAGGGCUGGAAGGAAGUCGAGUACGAGGUUGUCCGCGAUGCCAACAACAAUUGUAUCACCGUCUGCAACAUGGAAAACUUUGACCCUCUCGGUAUUCACACUGGAGACAGUAUUGUCGUGGCCCCCAGUCAGACUCUUUCGGAUGAAGAGUACCACAUGCUUCGUACUGCCGCCAUCAAGAUUGUCCGCCAUCUGGGUGUCGUAGGAGAGUGCAAUGUCCAGUACGCUUUGCAGCCGGAUGGCUUGGACUACCGAGUCAUCGAGGUCAAUGCUCGUCUCUCUCGCUCUUCGGCUCUUGCUUCCAAGGCAACUGGAUACCCUCUGGCUUACACUGCAGCCAAGAUCGGUCUCGGACACUCGCUGCCAGAACUGCCCAAUGCCGUCACCAAGACUACCACUGCCAACUUCGAGCCCAGCUUGGAUUAUAUUGUCACCAAGAUUCCACGAUGGGACUUGAGCAAGUUCCAGCACGUCAAGCGUGAUAUCGGCAGUGCCAUGAAGUCGGUCGGAGAAGUCAUGGCCAUUGGCCGUACCUUUGAAGAAUCCUUCCAAAAGGCUAUUCGUCAGGUUGACCCCCGGUUUGUUGGCUUCCAGGGUGACCACUUUGAGGACCUCGAUGAUACCCUAAGAAACCCUACCGACCGCCGCUGGCUGGCUGUGGGCCAGGCCAUGCUCCACGAAAACUACUCUGUCGACAAAGUGCACGAGCUCACCAAGAUUGACAAGUGGUUUUUGUACAAGUUGCAGAAUAUUGUGGACUGCCAGAAUGAGCUGACGGAAAUCGGCAGCCUUUUCGGUCUGAAGAAGGAGAUCCUGAUGAAGGCCAAGAAGCUAGGUUUCUCCGACAAGCAGAUUUCUCAGUGUGUUGGUUCUACAGAGGAUGAUGUGCGCGCUCGUCGACUGGGCUUUGGCAUUCGCCCAUGGGUCAAGAAGAUUGACACUCUGGCUGCCGAGUUCCCUGCUGACACAAACUACCUCUACACGACUUACAAUGCCACGUCUCACGAUGUGACUUUUGACGACCACGGCACCAUCAUUCUCGGCAGCGGUGUUUACCGAAUCGGUAGCUCUGUCGAGUUCGAUUGGUGUGCAGUCAAUGCUACCCUCUCCUUGCGUAACAUGGGCAAGAAGACGGUCAUGAUCAACUACAACCCGGAAACCUACUCGACCGACUUUGACACGGCCGACAAGCUGUACUUUGAGGAGCUCAGCUACGAGCGCGUCAUGGAUAUCUACGAACUUGAAAACGCUAGUGGAGUUGUCGUUUCUGUCGGUGGCCAGCUGCCUCAGAACAUUGCUCUCCGUCUGCAGGAGAAGGGCGGCGCUCACGUUCUCGGAACCGACCCCGCCGAUAUCGACAAGGCUGAGGAUCGUCACAAGUUUUCUCAGAUCUUGGACAGUAUUGGCGUUGACCAACCCGCUUGGAAAGAGCUCACCUCGGUUGCCGAGGCUGAGAAGUUUGCUGACACUGUCGGAUACCCUGUGCUUGUCCGCCCUAGCUACGUCCUUUCAGGUGCCGCCAUGAGCGUCAUUCACAGCCAGGACGAGCUGAAGGAGAAACUGGUCAAUGCCAGCGCCGUGUCCCCAGACCACCCAGUCGUCAUCACCAAGUUCAUCGAGGGAGCCCAAGAAAUUGACGUUGACGCGGUUGGAUCCAACGGAAAACUGAUCCUGCACGCCGUCAGCGAGCACGUUGAGAACGCCGGUGUCCACUCGGGAGAUGCCACGCUUGUCCUUCCUCCGACGUCGCUGGACGAGGCUGUUAUGGGCCGUGUCAAGGAGAUUGCCGACAAGGUGGCCAAGGCAUGGAACAUCACAGGUCCCUUCAACAUGCAAAUCAUCAAAGUCGAUGACCCUGCCGGAGGCGAGCCUCUCUUGAAGGUCAUUGAAUGCAACCUGCGUGCAUCUCGCUCGUACCCCUUUGUUAGCAAGGUUCUCGGCACCAACUUUAUCGACGUUGCCACCAAGGCUCUUGUUGGCCGCGACGUGCCUGAACCCGUUGACCUGAUGGCCGAGAAGCGCGACUAUGUCGCUACCAAGGUUCCUCAGUUCAGCUGGACCCGUCUUGCCGGCGCUGAUCCUUUCUUGGGUGUUGAAAUGUCCAGCACUGGUGAAAUCGCCUGCUUUGGCAAGGACCUCGUCGAGGCAUACUGGGCCUCUCUCCAGUCGACCAUGAACUUCCGUCUGCCCGAAGUCGGCGAGGGACUUUUGCUUGGUGGUGACUACACCGACACUCUGUCCAGCAUCGUCGAGUACCUGCAGCCACUGAACUACAAGCUGUACGUGGCCAGCCCAGAGGUCAAGGCGCAGCUGGAACUCAAGAACAAGGAUAUCAAGGUCGAAGUAAUUGAGUUCCCCAAGGAGGACAAGCGUGCUCUGCGCGAAGUUUUCCAGAAAUACGAUAUCCGGGGAGUCUUUAACCUGGCCAAGCUCCGGGGUAAGACGCUGCUCGACGAGGACUAUGUCAUGCGCCGCAACGCUGUCGAUUUUGGCGUUCCUCUGUUUAUGGAGCCAAAGACCGCCCUUUUGUUCGCACAGUGCAUGAACGAGAAGCUGCCUCGAGCAGAGGGCAUCCCCUCGGAAGUCCGCAGCUGGUCCGACUUUGCCGGCACGAAAAUGAUGUAA